AUGACCUACUACCAUAUUGGAUUGUAGAAGGAUUACACGAUCUGUGGCACCUUAUUUAUACAUGGAGUUAUAAGACACCAAAAUGGCUGCUGGAACUUUUAAAUUAGAUUUAGGGGAUCAGAAGAAAAAUGUUUUCGUCACUCAGCUCCAAGACAGGGAUUAUGACGAGGAAGAUGUCACUGCAUAUCCCAUUGUCAAAGAAUCUGCAGACAAACUUAUUGAGACUGGCAUUAAUACUCUUCAAAAGACUUUGCUUCUCAAAAAAGAGGUUGAAGUGGACAAGGUUCAUUUAGAACUUCUGUCAAAACGUGCUGAGUUUAAAGAACGAAUGCAAGCAUGUUCAGAAAGACAAAUCAAAGUGCAAAAGAAACAACAGCAGAUGAAAGAAAAGGUCUCCCAAUAUGAAAAAUUUAUUAAAGAAAACGAAGCAAAAAGAAGGAGAGCAAUUCAGAAAUAUCAGAAUGAAGUUAAGCUCAGGGAACAGAGAACACGAGAGCUAGAAAUGCUUCAGGAACAACUUGAAGACCUUAAGCAAAGGCACAAAUAUUUAGAGAAGAAAAUAAGCCAAACAAAGAAAUUUGAACAGUAUUUAUUGAGAGUUGUGGAUGCCAUGCCUGAAAAUUAUAUUGAAAUGCAAGACAAUAUGGUGAACAGUCUCAUGAUGAGACACAGAACCUUGAAUGAAACCAAUAAAGAUCUUGUUGAGGGUGUCUCAGAAAAAGCAGAUGAGCUGGAAAAAUUAAGAAACCACCUUGAUCAACUGAAGCAAGAGCAUGAUAAAAUGAAGCUCUCUAUAAACAGUGAAUUGUCUAAAAUGCAAAAGCAUCAAGAAGGUCGAGUGGAUGGCAACAAACAGUUGGAGGAAUCUUAUAUCUUGGGAAAAGGAGACUUUAGGGAACAGCGAUCUGAGUUGGGACAAAUACUGAUGGCCAUAAAUAACAUAGCUAACAAGUGCACCAAAGAAACCGACAUUCCAGUGGAAAGGAUUAUGUUGGAUGAAAAACUAGACAGAAUCCAGGAGUAUAUGUUGGAAAGGAUAGACGUUGCCCAGAUGGCCAGUGCCGAUGGGUCAGAAGGUGAUCAGAGGACAAAGAGUGGCCGUAGUGGACAUAGUUGGAGCAGAAAGAAAAAUGCCCCUAAAGUCAUGUUUGCCGCAUAAUGCUCACCUCUAGGUCUUGAAAGGAUCUUUCGAUACAUUCCCCUGUGACUCUCGUACUG